ACCAAACAAACGCAUCGACGAAUCGUAAUCGAACUCAUCGGAGCUUCUUGAAUUCAUCUUCGAAGAGGGUAUAGGUUCAUCGUGUUGCUUAGUUUCUGAGAAAAGAGGAAGAGACGAGGCGAGGGAGAUAUGGAUUGGGACAACGUAGCUGCUGAGGAUGUGAUUGAGGCGCUCAGAGAAGUUGAAUGGUCCACUCCUCCUCGUUCGUUUGGCGAGUUCUUCUCUAGAUUCGCAUUCCCUCGCUCUUUCUCUAAAUGGAAGAGCCGUCUCAAAUGCAAUCUCUACUACUAUAGAACUAAUUACUUUAUCCUGGUGGUUCUCCUUCUGGGUCUUGCGCUUGUCACAAGACCUCUGGCUAUUGUGGGUGCUGCUCUAACAGCCUUGGGCAUAGCUUUCCUUAACGACAGUUUUGCCGCUAGUUUCAAUGAGAAGUUUAUAAGGACUAUUAGGCAUUUCUCCCCACAUAUGGCUGCAAAAAUGAGGCCUCCCCACAUGCCUGUCAUCCGUGGAAGAUCAGCAGCAAGAAAGACAGUAUACGUGUGUGGAAAACCACGAUGGGCAUAUGUUGUUGUUCUCCUAACAGCCAGUCUUGCCAUGUGGUUUUCUUCCUGCGGUUUGUUGUUGGUCCUCUAUGCACUUCUCACUUCCCUCGUCGUGAUUGUCCUUCACGCAAGCGUAAGAACUCCAAACCUCAAGGCACGAUUGAACACAUUCCGCGAAGAAUUUAGAGCUGUCUGGCGCAACUACAGUGAACUUUGAGUCACAUGGCUGCUACGAUCUAGGAGCAAACGGAGGCUGUUAAUCUGAAGUGAGCAUCCCUUUGUUAUGUCAGAUGAUUGCAGAUACGGCUCUCAGUUUCAUGGUUAAGAUGGGUUUUUGGCUGUUCGAUCGCAGACAAAUAGAUUCACUUGAAAUACAAGACAUACUUGAUCAAGUUUCUUUUAAUUGGUGUAGUCAUGUUUAUAGUUUUCAAACUGUGAUAGUGAUAUGACCUAACAAUACUGAUAUUUUUUUUUAUGAAUAGAUUCAAACAGAA